AUGACGGGCGAAGUGGCUUCCGAGGUUCACCUAGAAAUCAAUGAUUUAAAACUCAUUUCACAAGAAGAAGCAGAUAGUCCUUCAGACAGUGGACAGGGCAGCUGUGAAACAAUUGGGACCUUGAGUGAAAGAGAUUCAGAUGAAGAGAUAUUUGUAAGUAAGAAACUGAAAAGCAGGAAAGUGCUACAAGACAGUGAUUCUGAAAGAGAGGAACCAAAUACCUCUCUAGAGAAGGCUACCUAUGACAGUGUUGAAGAGGAAAAUAAAGAGAACUUAUAUGCUGGAAAAAAUGGGAAAGUCAGAAGGGUUUACAAAACUCUGGCAGCCAGUGAUGGAAGUGACAUCGAGGAGGAUUCUUGGUACCAGGAAAAUCUUGAAACCCAAGGGACAUCUUCCUUAGAGCUGGGUCUCCAAUCUGAAAAUUCUGUGGACUUUACAGCUGACAGAAAGAUUUCCAAAAAACCCGUACAUGAUAAAGAAGGAACUGGGGGAAAAGCAAAAGUAAAAUCAAAGAGAAGACUCGAGAAAGAGAAGAGAAAGAUGGAAAAAAUUAGGCGGCUAAGAAACGAGGAAACAAAAAAUGAGGAAGAAGAUGUGAAACAGCCAUUUACUGAUAGUGGCUGUCUUCUUGUAGAUGAAGACCUUUUUGAAACUGGGUUGGAGGAGGAGAGUAACUCUCCAUUGGAAGAUGAAGAGUCAUUAGAAUCCAUAAGGGCAGCUGUGAAAAACAAAGUAAAAAAGCACAAGAAAAAGCAACUAUCUUUGGAGAGUGGCGUUGCUUCCUUUGAAGAAGAAAGUGAAUUAUCAAAAGGCGCCAUGAGGAAGGAAAGGAAGGCAGCCAAGUUAAGCAAGGAAGCAUUAAAAAAAUUGCAUAGUGAGACUCAGCGCCUUAUUCGAGAGUCUGCACUUAAUCUUCCAUAUCAUAUGCCUGAGAAUAAAACCAUUCACGAUUUCUUCAAACGUAAACCCCGGCCCACUUGCCAGGGAAAUGCCAUGGCGCUAUUGAAGUCAUCUAAGUAUCAGUCAAGCCAUCAGAAAGAAAUCACAGACACCACAAACACAACUGAGAAGAAUAGUGACCAUCAUAGCAAAGAUUCUGAGCCAACAACAGGUGCAGGAUGUGAAAUGGAAACUAAUGCCCUCCUUGCAGUUUCAAAGGAACCCCAGAUGACUACUGGAUCAAAUGAGUCUUGCAGUAAAGAUUUGAUGGGAAGUGAAGAGCUAGAAAUUGAUGCGAAACAGAAGCAGAGUGAUGUUAGACCUUCACCUGAAGACAACUCGGUGGCAGAGCAGGAAUCCAGCUUCCUUGGGAACAAGGACAAUGACAGGUAUCAGACUGGAGAGCUUGUGGCACCUGAACCUGAUGCACUGGAGGGAGAAGAAGGCCUGCAAAAAACAGAAGCAGCAGAUGAGAAGGUGGAUGAGCCCAGGCAGCAAAUUAAAUCAGCAGCAGUUGUGCCACCUGAAAAAGCAAGGAGGUUCACUCUGGAUAGACUUAAGCAACUGGGAGUAAAUGUUUUCGUUAAACCUCGGCUGGGUGCUGAUGAAGAUUCCUUUGUGAUACUUGAAGAACCUGAAACCAACAGAGAACUGGAAGCUUUGAAGCAGCGUUUCUGGAAGCAUGCUAAUCCAGCAGCCAAACCCAGGGCUGGUCAGAAGGUAAAUGUAAACAUCGUAGUGAAGGAAGUGGGCACUGAUGGAAAGGAAGAGCUAAAGGCUGAUGUAGUAUCUGUGACUUUGGCAGCUGAGAAGCUGGAUGGAGUAAGCUACACAAAACCAGGUGAAAAGCUUCAGGUGCUGAAAGCGAAACUGCAAGAAGCAAUGAAACUCCGAAGGUGUGAGGAACGCCAAAAGCGCCAGGCAUUGUUUAAAUUAGAUAAUGAAGAUGGAUUUGAAGAAGAGGAGGAGGAGGAGGAAAUGACUGAUGAGUCUGAGGAAGAUGGAGAAGGGGAAGAAGAGGAAAAGUUAGAAGAAGAGGAAGAAGAAGAGGAAGAGGAGGAAGAAGGCACUCAGGAGAUUACAGAAUUCCUUCUCAGCAAUGAAGAAGUAGAAACCAAAGAUGAGAAAGUAAUGGAUAAAGAAAACAAUGAUGACAGUAGUGAAAUUGGCAAGUCAGUUGGUCUAUCUGUUCUCAAGCCUCUCUCAUCAGAUUCUACUGUAUCCCUAUUUAAAGACAACUCUUCCAAGAUGGGUUACUUUCCUAGUGAAGAAAAAUCAGAAACAGAUGAAAACUCAAGCAGAAGGCCUAGCAAACUGGAUGAAGAUGAUUCAUGCUCAUUGCUAACAAAAGAGAGCAGCCACAAUAGCAGCUUUGAAUUGAUUGGCUCCACAAUUCCAUCCUACCAGCCUUGCAACAGACAAACAGGCUCUGGGACUAGUUUUAUUCCUACAGCAGCAGGAUUCAGAUCUCCUUCCCCUGGGCUAUUUCGAGCCAGUUUGGUCAGCUCAGCUUCUAAGAGUUCAGGAAAGCUGUCUGAGCCUUCACUUCCCAUAGAGGAUUCCCAGGAUCUAUAUAACGCCUCCCCAGAACCUAAGACACUUUUCCUAGGAGCAGGAGACUUCCAGUUCUGUUUAGAAGAUGACACUCAGAGCCAACUGUUGGAUGCAGAUGGGUUCUUAAAUGUUAGAAACCACAGGAAUCAGUACCAAGCUUUGAAGCCUCGAUUGCCAUUGGCAAGUAUGGAUGAGAAUGCCAUGGAUGCUAAUAUGGAUGAGCUGUUGGAUUUGUGUACUGGAAAAUUUGCUUCUCAGGCUGAAAAGGCUCUGCCCAGGAAGAGCGACAAGAAAGAGAACAUGGAGGAACUUCUGAAUCUUUGUUCGGGGAAAUUCAUCUCUCAGGAUGACUCCACUCUGGCUCCAUCAGAGUUAAAUAAACUGGAGAAGGAGAGCAGCGUGGAAGAUCCGAUGGAAGAAGCACUUGCUCUUUGUUCGGGCUCUUUCCCAACAGACAAGGAAGAAGAAGGUGAAGAGGAGGAAUUUGGAGACUUUCGGCUUGUCCCAAAUGAUGAUGAGUUUGAUAGUGAUGAGGAUGAGCACAGUAACUCAGAUAAUGAAGACGAGGCCCUGGAAAACCAUGAAGAUGAUGAUGAUGAAGAAGAGCUCCUGAGGCAAUCCGAGAAGUUGAAAAGGCAAAUGAGAUUGAAGAGAUACCUGGAGGAUGAGGCAGAGGUGUCUGGGAGUGAUGUGGGAAGUGAAGAUGAAUAUGAUGGGGAAGAGAUCAAUGAAUAUGAAGAAGAUGUGAUUGAUGAAGAACUUCCUUCUGAUGAGGAACUACAGCAUCAAAUCAAGAAAAUACACAUGAAAACAAUGUUGGAUGAUGACAAGCGACAGCUACGUUUAUACCAAGAGAGGUAUCUUGCUGAUGGGGAUCUGCACAGCGAUGGUCCUGGACGAAUGAGGAAAUUCCGAUGGAAAAACAUAGAUGAUGCUUCCCAGAUGGACUUGUUCCACAGAGACUCUGACGAUGAACAGAUUGAGGAACAGCUUGAUGAGGCAGAAGCCAGAUGGAGGAAGGAGCGAAUUCAACGAGAGCAGUGGCUUCGGGACCAGGAACAGCAGGGGAAAAUUACAACUGAAGAAGAAGAAGAAAUUGGGGAAGACAGUCAGUUUAUGAUGCUGGCCAAGAAAGUUACAGCCAAAAUGUUGCAGAAAAAUGCCAAUCGCGCUGUGGUUAUUCAAGAAUCAAAGUCUUUACUCAGAAAUCCUUUCGAGGCCAUCAGACCAGGAAGUGCCCACCAGCUGAAGACAGGCUCACUGCUAAACCAGCCCAAAGCUGUACUUCAGAAACUGGCUGCCCUCUCUGACCUCAACCCCAGUGCUCCCCGGAAUUCAAGAAACUUUGUCUUCCAUACACUUUCUCCUGUCAAGGCUGAGGCAGCAAAGGAAUCAUCUAAGCCUCAGGUGAGGAGAAAGGACUCAUCCUUAAUGAGAACUCCUUCACCUAAGCGCCUCAAAACAGGUAAUAGCACUUCAGGAUUGAAGCAAAGCAUCUUCAGCUACUUGGAAAGCUAA